AUGGUUCAGGACGCAGUGCCGAGCCCAUACGUGGCGGCGCAGUCUAAAGAAUUAUCUUAUGUCGUUGUUUCCGGCGGCACAGGAGCCAAUUCUAUCAUCUCAGCUUUUGGACCCUCACCCGCUUUCGUCCUUCCAGUCUCAGAUGACGGUGGAUCGUCCUCGGAGAUCCUUCGAUGCUUUGGAGGGCCUUCCAUCGGUGACAUCCGUUCUCGACUUAUCCGUUUAAUUCCUAUCCCACCUGAUACAAAGAUUCGAGCUGAGAAAGAGCUCAUUGCAAUCUACAACCUCAUGGCGUUUCGCUUUCCCGCAGAAGCGUCAGAGAAAUCAGUCCGGGAAUUGUGGAUGGAAAUCGUGGAAGGCCGAAGCGAUUUGUGGAAGGACAUCGGGGAAGACAAGAAAGAGUGUAUCAGAGCCUUUUUGGUUCACUUUCAGACUCUUUGCCUGAGGAGAGCUCAUAAGCGGUUCUCGUUUCGCAAUUUCUCCCUUGGCAACGGGUUUCUUACUGGUGCGCGAGACUUAUUUGCCAGUCUACCCAGCGCAAUCUUCCUAUUCAAGUCGAUCGCCAGCGUGAAUGCCGGAGCGCAAGUGAUCCCAGCCAUCAAUACCAAUCAGACUGUGACCAUUGCGGCUCAGCUCGCCAAUGCCGCCACGCUAGUUGGCCAAUGCACUAUCUCCCAUCCUACUCCUCCCAUCACACCAAUAGCCACUACCCCAAGCACCCCUCUUGUGUCCCCUAUUCCUGCGAGGCAAGGUCCAUUCACGCAAAGCGAUCUCUCAGCGAUGAGUAUCUCUUCACCGCUCACAGCUACAUCUCAAUCGAACAGUACUACCGGAGCUCGCUCACCCACGAUGAGCAUGCGCUCAGUAAGAAAGGAUUCACGAACGUUUGAUACCGCUCUGGCGAAUGCCAUUGUCGAGGAGUUUGCCGGUGGAAAUAUAAGUUAUAGAAAAGGAGAGGGAGAGAUUCCACUAGAGGCCAAAAUUGAGAAGGUUUUCUAUAUCAACUUGUAUGGCCAGGAAAUCUUCCCGGAGCCGAAUCCAGAAUACCUAGACGCCUUGACCCAGAGAGAUGUCUUGGUGUAUUCCUGUGGAUCACUCUGGACAAGUAUCGUACCGUGUCUUAAUCUCAGAGGACUAGCCACUGCCAUUGCUGCUUCCAAAUCUCUCAAAGCCAAAGUUGUCCUGCUCAACACUAUCAAUGAUCGGGAAACCCUGUCUUACACCGCUUGGGACUAUCUUCAAGCUCUUCUAUCCUCAUUACGAAGAUAUGAUGAGCGGGCUCAUUGGCAGUCAAACAAGUUGAUCUCCCAUGUUGUAUAUCUAGAAGGAUCAAAGGUCGAGCUGGACGAGCGUCCUAUAGAGUCCAACGGUAUCAAGAUCAUCCGCAUUCCUCAAUCUGUACAUCAUAGUCCAUCAGGAGAGACACCAAUGUUCACCAACCAUCUUGUCGAGUGGGCCAUGGACAAGGUCAGAUCAGACAUUUCUCAUUAG